AACAAAAGAAACACACAAGAUGGCGGCCUCCGCGGCGAAUAUUCAAACUGAACUCGAAAAUGCCGCCCAAGUUAUUAUGGCGCCGCCAACAAUGGUUACUGUUGAACAAAGGCAUUCGGCUGAACAUGUCUUGUUGUCAUUCAAGAAAUCCAAAUCACCGUUUGCAACAUGUAAACACAUACUCGAAAGCAGCAAAGUUGAUUACGUUUUAUUCCAAGCUGCAUCAACCAUUAAGGAAGCUGUGGCCAGAGAAUGGUCUUUACUGGAUAUGUCCGAGGUGGAAUCUAUGAGAUCUUUUCUACUUAGAUAUGUUACACAGAAACCACAUUUACAGAGUUAUGUUCGAGAACAGAUUUUACAAGCGGUAGCUGUUAUCGUCAAGCGGGGCACAGUAGAUCACAAAACUACGGAACGUGAGGGAAUAUAUAACGAUGUCACAGAGCUGAUUGCAAGUGGUGAUUCCUCAUUGCAAUUGGUGGCGUGUUCCAUAUUAAUUGCACUUCUAAAUGAAUAUUCAAGUUCAAGUCGUUCCAGUGACGUUGGACUCAGCUGGGAAUUCCACGCCACUUGUAAAAAAGCAUUUGAGAACAAUGAUUUAAAGAGAGUAUUUUUAUUUUCAGUCCAAGUAUUACAUCAGUUUGCAAAUAAUGAUAUUUUAUCGCGGGAGACCACUGCUGUAUUUAAUAGAUUUUUAUCCAUAAGUGAGCAAGUACUCAGCUGGGAUUUUACUCACGCAAAUGUUUUAAGAAGAAACGUUGGAAGCUUUGACAGCAACCAGGGUACAUUUUUUAAGCCCAUCGCCACUUGGAGGGGCACCGUCUUAGAUCAAAAUUUAGUAGAUCUGUUUUUUAAGCUUCAUUUAAAAGUUCGUCAUAAUUCUGAGAUGGGUCACCACUCGCUACAAUGUCUCACACAACUAGCGUCACUGAGCGGGAAUAUAUUCCCUGAUGAGAAAACACAGUGCGAAUAUCUCGGCCGCUACAUACAAGGAUUUCUGCAUUUUAUAAACAGUGUUGAAGUUGCUGACCACGAAGCCUUGGGUAUUUCUAAUAUUAUAAAUAGAUUAGUUACAGUAUUUCCCAUUGGUGUGAUGGUCAGGUUACCACUGGAAUUAUUAGAUCCAUUUAUUCACACAUUAGCGGAACUUACCUGUCAGUUUGGGAGAAAAGCUGCUUUAGAAGAAGCUAUACACAAGGACGAUAUGAUUCACAUGGAAGCGUUUGACCAGUUACUCGAUGCCUGGACCACGUUAUUGAUGGAUACGCAGUAUUUUCAGUCUGGUUAUUUUAAACCGCACGCUAUGGAAGUGUUCAAUACUUACGUGCAAUGUCAUUUGGCAGUUCCAGAUGGAACAAGGAAUCAACUUGGAAACUUAUAUGAAGAUAUUCAUUGGCUGGUUCUUAUAUCAGGGUAUGUACUAGCUGAUGAGCCUCAGGGAGAGACCCCUCUCAUACCUCCUGAGAUAAUGGAAUAUUCCAUAGCAGAAUCACAGAAUGUGGAUAUAGAUACAACGUUGCGAGUGUUGGGAUCCCCUGGCGAAAAAGUAACGUCUAUUCCCAUGAGUGAGCAAUCUAGUGAUAAAGUAAUUAGGUUAAUAUCUGCUGUAUUCAGAUUAUCCGAAGUUGAACGGCGUGCCGUGAAUGCGCAGCUGACUUCACUGCUUAGUCCUCAAGUUGGUGCUACCACCAUGUGGUUCCUCAGAAGAUGGAGCUUGUCUUAUAUCAUGCCUAAUGAAAGAUACUAUACCCAGAUGAGUUUGCCCCUAGCAGUGGCAUUUGGUAGAGACACAGACGGUGCACAGUGGAGUAUAGGUUUUCUCGUCGAUAAGAUUGUAUCUAAUUUAUCAGUGUGGAGUGCCGAACAUGAUCUUUCCACAGACACGGUUAAUUUACUUGUAGCUCUAGUGCAACAAAAAGAAAGCCUCACUGCUCAACAUUCCCUUUUCACUGGGUUUCUCAGUCAGCAUAAAAAAGCUGUACUGCAACCAGUUCAGCAUCGAUUCAAUCAUUUACUCCAACAAGACAACUUUCAGAGGAUAUACCAAGAUGAAAACAUUAAAACCGAAAUUGUCACCCUGUUAUCGAUGUUAGAAGGUGCCAUCAUGGGUACCCGCAUUGACAACGUAUCCACUGUCUUUUCAUUCAGUCUUCCACUUUUAAAUGAAUGUGUAUCAUUACUUGGUACAUAUCAUAACUGUCCUGAAGUGGUUGUGGUUAUUUUAGAAGUGUUCACAGUGAUGGCUAAUCGUAUGAUAUGCUAUCUCUCAGAGAAUGAUACCAAUAAAGUGUAUGAUGUGUCUAUAAGUUUACUUCAAACAUAUUCUAAAUAUAAUACAGGAAAAAAGCAUUUUGAGAUCACAGCAGAGGAAGAUCAUUACCAAGAUAUUUCACUAAUGAUGGAGUUAUUAACGCAUUUACUGUCAAAAGACUUUGUUGAUUUUGGUAUUACAGAAGACAUUGCCUCUGGAGAAGGUGACCAGAUAUCAGCCAAUGUUUCCGCAGCUGACAUAGUAUUGUAUGGUUUAAAUAUCAUAGUUCCAUUAAUGAAUGCUGAGUUAUUGAAGUUUCCGACCCUCUGCAGUCAGUAUUACAAGCUUAUUUCAUUCAUUUGCGAAAUCUACCCAGAAAAAAUAUGCCAGCUUCCUGAACAGUUAUUUAAGAGCUUACUUGGAUCCAUAGAGCUUGGUCUUACAAGUUUUGGACUGGAAGUCACCAAGUUGUGUUUUGAUAGUAUAUCAGCUUUAGGUGAAUACGAGUACAAAGAACAUGACAAUAAUGUCCAACUUGUGGCAGCAACGCAGCACUUUUUAAAGGUCGUGUUUGAUAUCUUGUUGUACCAAAACUUUGACAUGGAACUUACAAGUCCAGCAUCGGAAGCUUUCUUUGCACUGAUGUGCUGCCAUCAGGUACAAUACAAUGAGCUUGUGCACAGCUUGGUAGGAAGUCAGACCGACCCCAGUUAUUACCAGCGUCUAGCAGAUGCAUUUAAUCAACUGACUCCACCAAAUGAACCUUUAGUCAUCAACAGACCCCAUAAACUGGCUUUUCUAAGAAAAAUGGAGACAUUCCUUGUGAAUGUGCGUGGCUUCCUUUGUGUGAAGUGAAUCAUGCAAGAUGCUUAAAAUCCAUCGCUAGAAAAUCGGCAGAUGACCAUCAAGAUAGUUUGCGGAGAUCAUUCAAACCUCCAAGUGGAUUUUAAUUUUUAAUUUUUAAACUUUAAUUUUACAACACCAGC